CGUGAUUUAAACCAGGGGCGUAAAAGGAGUUGACCAUUUUCACCCUACGAUGGAAUGUUCAAUCGGGUUGUCCCAUUCUGCACAAAAUAACAUUUUGGAAUGACCUGGAAUAUCCCAACGUGUAGGGGACGAGGAAAACGUCACUCCGUCUGACAAGUACGCGGGUAACUUGCAUACUGGAAAUGUCAAACCUUUCAGAAUUACACAUAGACUGAUAUGGCGACAAUUUCAUGCAAUAAAAUUAGUUCAUUCACGAGUUAUUUUAUAGUUAAAUGAUAGAAUAAAAUGUAACAAUUGACCUACCUGUGGUUUCCAACUUCUCGCCAUAUCUCGUCAAAGUCACGUGCCGGGAUUGACUACAGAAAUUGUUUAAACAUGGCUGCUCCCAUGAUUGUUGUUUACAUUGUGAAUGGAUAGCUUCAUUAUCGACAAAGAAGACAUGGAUUCAGGUACCCACAAACAUGGACUUUAUAGAUGGAAAACCCAAACUGAUUCUCGACUCUACUCGAGAUCACAGAAAGUGACAACAAACAAUGACAUACAGGACUGGAUUAAGACAGUGGAGACAGCCUCAGAUCAAGCUGCAAAGAAAGUUUUUGGAUCAAAUUCGAAAUCUUCUGGAAAAUCUCGUGGGAAGGUGGCUUCGUUAAAGUCUGUGAGUCAACUCCGGGAACAUGACGCUGCUUUAAGUGAAGCCCAGGAUCUUCUGUCUCAGUGGAUGGAGGAUAAAGUCCACUUACAAGAUGAUGGUGAUGAUGACUUGGAGGAAGAUGUGUACCAAAGACGAACGGUUCAGUCAGAUGUUAAGCGUGAGUGGGACCAUCUCCUCCAGAAUAACUACGAGGAACAAGGUCUAGUGAAACCUCAACCAACCAUUAAUGACACAGACCCAUACGCAUUUCUAGCAGAGCAAGAUGAGGAAAGUGCUGUGGAAUCCAUUGUACAACAUAUGCUUAGUAAGAAAUUUGUAAACGACAAUGUCACCAAUGAUUUAGGGUUUGAGGAUUUAAACAAGCCCGAUCCUCGCACCAAGAUGGAGCUACGACACAAACAGGUGAAAGAUAAUCGAGAAAAACGUGAACAGGAGCUAAACAGAAAGAAAAAAGAACAUCAAGCAAAGAAGGACGCACAUCACAAAGCCAAGCAAAUUGUGCUACAGGAGGAGAAGAACAAACUGGCCAAAGCUAAGAAGGAAGAAAUGGAAAUAAGGAAAGAAAUGGCUCGGAUACGUAAAGACAUGAAGGAGGAACGGCGCCAGCUAGAUGAACAGAGAUCUUGGCAGAGGAAGAACCAGGAGGAAACUUUAAACAAAGCAACAGUGUUAGUUGAUGAAGAGGAAGAAAAUUUCAGGCUGGAGAGGGAGAAACGAGAACGUACAGAGGAAGAGAGACGGAGGAAAAUCAUGGUCAGACUUGGACAGAUACAGACCAGACAAGAGGCAGCUAACCUAAAGAGUCUUCAGCGGCAUUUUUCUUCCUGGUACAACAUCGUACUUCAGCGGCGUCUACAAAUUGGGAGAGCUAAGGCUAUCCAUGACUGGAAACUGCUCCUACAGGCCUGGAAUGCGUGGAAGGCAUUUAUACGGACACACCGAAUCGACAGAGAGACAAAACAACACGAGAUAUCGAUCAUACAGACACACAGAAAAACACACACUGCUGAGACACAUUACAGGCUAUGGUUACUAAGGAAAUAUUUUGUUGCCUGGCAACUAUGGAUUAAAAUGGAACAGGAACGGAAAGAAAUGGAACAAGCUCAAGAGAAAACACGCAACAAAAUGGCUGCUUUACUGGAAGCAGCUGCCAAGGGGAAACUUACAGAGGGAAAUGACACUGAUCGGUCAGAACAAAACAGGGUUGUCAAGGCAACGAAUGUUGAAGUAGAUGCCUUGUUUGAGAACAAUCAGCGACGACCUUUGACCUCAAGAAGUGAUGUCUCAACAAUAGUGGAGUCCAAUUCUGCAAGAAAACCACUGGAGCGGAACAGAAUUCCUACUGAAGCAUGGCAGAUUACCAAGCGACAUCUUCAGCUGACCACAGAUGAGAUCGCUGGACUCGGAGGCGGAGAUACACAAGGAAAACAUCACUCUGACCAGAAAAUCCGGAAUCGGUUCGGAACACAGCCGUGGAUGAACAGGAAGUAUAUGCCAAAUAGCUUUGAGAAUCGUCACAACGCACAGCAACGCAUUCUGGAGGAACAACAACGACAACUCAAGGAGCAACAGCAACUCAUCCAGGAACUACAGUUUAACCAGAAACAACAGAUGUUAGAACAACAGGGGAGUACUCAACGACAACUGGCGGAUAGGAUAACGUCUGUAAAGUCACCACCAGGUCCCAACGACAGUCAAACGACAGCAAAGACACAGCCAAGUAAACAACGUAAUGAUGGAUUAAACAACGGCGACAGCAGCGACAGAAAUCGGGACAACAGAGCUGGAACUAUCGACAGAAAUACUUUUGAGCCUAUAACAGAAAGAUCUGAAGUCACAGAACAAUCUGAUGUCACACCAAGGUCAGAGGUCACAGCAAGAUCAAAUCAGGUCACGGCAAGGUCAGAGGUCACAUCAGCUGGUAGUACUGCCACCAAUAAACACAACUCUAAGUACUUGACAGUUUUAAAAAAUAUGGAAUCACGAGCUGCAGAACGAGCACAUCUCAAAGCAGAAAGAGAAGAAAAAAGACGACAAGCUGAAGAGGAAAAUCUGAAACGCCUCAAAGCUGAGGAAGAAUUGUUAUUACAACGGGAUGCAGAGGAGAAGAGGGCACGUGUUGCUGCACAUCGGGAGAAAAAACGACUAGAAAAAGAGAAAGAAAUCCAGAAACAACAAAAAGAGCAACAUAUGAAAGAACUCGCAAAAAAAGCAGACGCCCAUUACUUACGUGCUACGGUUAAGUUCCGCUGUUUAGGACCGUUUCAGAAGCUUAUAGAGAUGGCACGGAGAAAUGAGGUCAAGGCUGUUCGCCAUUACAACAAUAACUUAAAAAGACAAGCUUUGCAGAACUGGCAUUCCAAUGUUAAGGACAUUGUUUGUCAGAAGGAAGCAACCGCAGACCAGAUGUAUAAAUACUUCCUCGUCCGUCACUUCUUCUCUAAUUGGAGAAACUUUAAACAUCACACAACUAUUAUGGAGGGGCGUGCUCGGCGGAUUUACGAACGUAACACGAAAUGUAAGGUGUUCCUUGUCUGGCACGAGUACUCAAAGACGGAGAAGGAAAAGGCUGUGGUUUAUAACCAACUGGCUAGUGACCACUACACAAGGUCACUGUUGAAGAAGACAUUCCAAACAAUUAAGGAUUAUCCUUUAACACGCAAGAAAGAGAUGGAACGCGAGAAAAGGCGGGCCGGGAUGAGGGUGAGGGUGGCGGCAUUGAUUCCCGAUUACGAGGCCGCAGAAUUUAGGAAAAGUUCAACAGAUUUCUCCUGACUUCAAACAAAAUAUGCAACAGACUCGGAUUCCUUUUUUGAAAAGUUCAACACUGAAAUCAUUUAUUUAUACGGAAAACAUUACGCGUCACAAAGGCUGUGGUUGAAACAAAAUCAGCUGAUUUCUCUCGGUGGUGACCCAGAAGUUUACUGGACUGUAGUGUUAUAGAGUAGACAAUGGACAUUAAGUUCACUUAUCCGCUAAUGCCAGUUGGAGACUGUAGGUUGUAGAACAUGAUGAGCGACCAUUUGUGCUUUUUGUCCUCUUAUCUAUUAGACAUUUUACACAGAUCAGUUUUAUAAAUAAUUUAUCAAAGCAU